AGUGUAAUCGAUUUUGAAGACUGAUACACCACCGAGAAGCCAAGUUUUGUCCAAUUGAUGAUUCUCUAUGAUUGUGACAUGGAAGCUCUGUCCAGAUCAGUCCGUCCAAGGCAGUCAGUUUCCUCUAUAGUCAAGCGGAAGUGCUGUCCGGAGUUAGUUCAGGUCCACAGGUUGAGAUCAGUCGAAGUUCUGCUCGAUACUCCGCCGGGAAGUCCGAAGAACUGUCCAGAAGCUAAAGGAGGUUCUGUCAGAGUCUAGAUCAGUCUGUCAAAAUCUGUCUGUUUCUAUAUGGUGAAGCCGAGGUUCUGUCCAAGUCGAGACCAGUCCAGCCCAGUCCAGUCAAUUCGUCCCUUGGGUUUGGCCAUGUCCUCUCCAAUCAACCAGCUGCUUCUCGCCUAGAACACUGUGAGUUGGCUUGUUUGAAUCCACUUGGAAUUUAGGGUAGUUUUGUGAGUUGGUUUUGUUUGAGUUCCACUUGGAGCUUAGGAUAUAUCGAGUCGCAUAUAAAGUAGAAUUCUCACGCUGUUGCAUGGUAGAGUCCUUUGGGUUAUUUUAUUUAUGGAACCGGACUCAGUUUAGCACGGGCUAAGCUGAGAUGAAAGGAAUUAAGACUGAGUUAAUAACCUGACUAGGACUAGGGCUAGGUUGCAUCAUGUUUUCUAUUCUUGCAUGUUGAUAUAGUUGAGUGCAGGUUCCCGUUAUCUUUAAAGAUAGUUUCUCAGCGGGAGGCUGAACUAUCUGGGUAACAGUUUGAUUGAGUUGUUUAGUAUUGAUAUUGUUGCUUAGUUUUUUAGUUGUUGGUGAUAGUGGUCUUAGGCCAUAUAGGCCGGAUUACUGGUACUAUUGUUUACUUUUGUAGAGUCGAGUGUCUAGUUAGGAUCUGGAACUUUAUCUUUAGGUUAGGUACUAGAUUGAGUUUGUGUUGUGUGAGUGCGCCGACAGUAGGUGUGUAACCCACUCAUACUAGGCUUGUCUAGGGGUUGAUUAGUGUUUCCUCGCCCUUGUAUUCAGCGGGUUCAAAGAAACCCUUUAUUCUUUGGAUCGGGAAGACUCAAAUAGACGGGGUCAUGGCCUAUGGCUGAGUAUUACACGAUGGUGUAAUGUGGCAGUGAUCCGAAGGACUGUGGGCUGUCGCGCGGUGACCCGAUGGACAGUGGGCCCCGGUCGGUUGAAAGUUCCUUCUUCUGGUCUUUGUGGUAGGAAGAUAGGAUAUUGCCGAUAGAGAGGAGGAACAUGAAGUCACCAGGGCCUAGGUUAGAGUGUUGUGUUAGAGUCUCGUAAGGGUUAUGGAACCCACGAGUUAGCGUAGCACCGAUAUACGGUGUUACGAGUUAGAUCGAGUCAUAGUUACUCAUAGUUAUUAUUGUGGUUGUGGUUGAUUUAUUUGCUUGCAGGUUCUGACAUUAAGUCCUAAGUCUGGCUUAGGUACCAGAUUAGGCUUUUGGUGUAUUUCGUUUGUGUAGACCUGACGUUGGCUUGUAUGUGUUUGAGGGAUUGCUUGUGAAGGGUGGUGGAUAUUAUAAGCUAUGCGGUAUCAUUGGUUGGCCGAUCAUGUUCUUGUCUUAUUAUUGUUGGUCGACCGGUUAAUGAUACUUGUAUAGUUUAAGUGUCUAACACUGCAUGAGUACUGAACUCAUGUGUAUAUAUGGUUAACUAGGGAUUGGUUGUUGACUUGUUUUAAAUGCAUAUUCUCAUUACUUGAAGCUAGAUCAUGGUAGGAGGCCAAGUCUACCUUAGCCUUAGCUUUUGAUUGCAUGAUAGGGCUAGAUUGAUUGUUAUUUUGGGUUGUCUGGGUUAGAGUCUAGGUUGCGGGUAGAGGCCGCCAGCUCACUGAGUAACAUUAUGUUAUUCAUCCAACUCCGUUGUCCUUUUUGCUGGUUGCUUUAGGUAAGGAUGAUCAGAUCGCUUGCAGCUGGACGUUAGGACUGCCGGUGUAGAUUUUCAUGCCUUUUGUAAACGGUAUUGUGAAUUGUGUUAUGUUGACUCGAUUUGGCAUUAGACCGGGCUCAGUCUUGAAUUAUUCAAUGUAUGAAUAUUUCCUAAAUCAAUAAAAGUAAUUGUUUUAUAUGCGCUUCAUGAGUACUCUGAUAUUUGACUAGUCCGGUAUAACACAACGUUAGGUCCUGGUACGGGUUGAAAAGCCUUAGGCCUCGAUCUAACGGAAAACACUAACUCUAGGUACGGGUUGCAAAGCCUUGUGCCUUGACGCAGCGGGACGAAUUAGUGAAUGAACUUGUCUAAGUCGUGAAGUAAAUUUUGCGAUUCUGACCGGAUCGUUCCUAACUCGUCACGUAGCGCUUCCAGACCAUGGUGUUGGAUUGGACGGUUAGUCAUGUUCUUGUUUGAUUGUUGGCUGGCCGGUUGGCUCAUUCAUCUCUAAUCCUGGGUGUUGGAAGAUUGAUCGGUCAUGUUCCUGUUUGAUUAUUGACCGGUUGGUCGACCAUAUGUCUAGGACGGUUCGGGAGUGUUACAACCCGCAUGCGCAAACUUUCGCAACUGCAGCCGCAGCUGUUGCGUUUAAACUAGUCAUACCCUAAAAUAAUUGUUGUGCAGAAGCUAAAAAUGUUGACAAAAAAAAAUAUAAGUUUCAAAAAGAAAAUGUAAAGUUUCGUGAUAUUAUAUAAGAGAGAUGAAUUAUCUUUAUGGUAGUAUAGAUCUGAAACCAUGUUAUGCAUGUGACUAGAAAAAUAUAUAGAUAGUAUAAUUUUAGAUCUUUACACAUUUCUUUAGCUUCUUCUAAACUAUUUUGAGAAGUUUUUUCAACUAAGCAAAUUCAUUGUGUAAAGAGAUUUUUCUUACCUGGACUAAAAUUUAACAUACCUUUUUAUCAACGUAAAUAUAUCAAGAUUCAAGAAAUUGAAAUUUGCAUGGGUAUUAUUCAUCAAUCAUCAUUACUAUUGAAUUAUUAUUAUAAAUUAAAGCUACUUUGGGGUAGUUGGUAGUAUUAUUUUACACUCAUAUCAAUUUAUCAACUGUCCCAAGAUAUCACAAUAAAUACUCUUCGAAGUCUCUCACUUCACAAUCAUCUUCUCUCUUGCUGUCACCCAAAAGAGUAGUACUACUCUCUUUCUCCGAUCAAACAACAUCGUCUUCUCUCUCCCUUUCUCUCACAUGGGUUGCUGCGUUAGCUCCGGCACCGCUAAUCGGACCAACGAGAACGUGUCUGACAAGAACACAAACAUUGUCGAAGAAGAAACGGUCGUCAAAGAAGUCUUGUCCGAGACAACAUUUCACAGUAGUUCCUUUAAUGUCCAAAACUCAGCCAUGGAUGAUCCGAUGAACAGGAAGAUCCUGGAGACAGAGGAGGAAAAGUUCGAAGCUGAUCCUGGCUUGUGUAUGAACCGACCCGUUUCGAUUGACCCUGAAGAAGGAUCAGAGGUUUCGGAGAUAUGUAGCUUGAGCUUGAGCGAGAGUGUUUCUUCAAUGACUGUGAUGAAUGGUUACGGUGAGGAAGAAGUGAAGCAGAGGAAAUCUCAGAGAUCUCCGACAAAAACUCGGACCCGGGUCACGAGUAAUAAUUAUCCGACCCGAAGAACUGAUCAAUCUCCUCGAAAGAGAAUCAACGGAGUUUGUAAUACUGGAGCGAGAGUCGGGUCGGGUAUGAGAGACCCGCGUGAGAGAUCCGGAAGAAGGUCGAGAUCGCCCGCUACAAAUAGAUCCGUGAUGGAUUCGAGUCAGACUUGGGUGGGUGGGGCAAGGACUCGGAAGAAUAGUCCGUCUCCGGGUCGGCUUAGGGUAGAUCCGAAUAAAAACACGUCGGAUCAGCAACAACAUCAAAACUACGGUUAUACCCCUGAAGAGUUGUUAGAGAACCCACUUGUUUCAUUAGAAUGUUUCAUAUUUCUCUGACGAAAAUAAUAUUCCGAGAAAGACGUUUUUCUUUUAUUUUAAAACAAAAUUGUUGACGCCGGUUGUAACAUGUAACUAGAUCUCGAUCCUUUGUUUUUAUUUAUUUUUAUAUAAAUAUUUUGUUUUCAAUUC